AGAUUUUGAGCUUUCUUUUAAUGCUUUCAUCUAAAAAUAAUCAGUUCGAUAUGUCAUAUAUAGAAGCAUGGCGUAAAAAACAAGCAGCACUUGCAUCAGCGUUCAGAUUACUAUCAGAAGCAUGCAGUGCAGCAGCAAGAGAGCUACAGGAUUUUCCUUUGCCUCCUUUUUCGUCUUUUUCUAGCGAACCAGCAAAAAAUAUGACAGGAACACAAGUUACAGUAGAAAAAUCUGUAGUUUCAUCUCCAGAGAUUCAAAUGACUCAAGAAAAUUCCCAAGAGUUGCAAAUAGAUUCUACGGAGAUAAAGAAACGUAAAGUUCGUGACCCGAACCAACCAAAACGGCCAUUGAGUGCUUAUUUGUCAUUUCAAUUAAAAACACGUCAAGCGGUCAAAGAUAGUCUAGGAGAAAAUGCAACACAGAAGGAAAUUCUUAGUGAAAUUGCAGAAAGAUGGUCUAAAUUAAAUGAUAAUGAAAGAAAGCCAUUUGAGGAAGAAGCGAGAAAGGCACGAGAACAAUAUGACAAAGAAAUGACUGCUUAUAAAUGUUCUUCAGAAUCUAAAGGUCAGGAAAAUCUUCAUUCAACAAAAGAAAGUACAAUUGUUGCACAUACUAAAGUUCUUUCUAUACAAAAAGAUAUAGAAGAAAAUAAAGAAAGCUUAGAAGUUGUUUCUACUCCAAAAAAGGAAAAAACAAUGGAUUCUGCUGAAACACGCGAAAGUUCAAAAGAAAAGAAGAGAAAGCAUAAAAAAAAAAGUGAUGGACAACGUUCACAAGAAGAUACUUCUUCGACAAAAGAAAAAAAAGAGCGUAAAAAACAUAAAAAGAAAGAAGAAUAA